ACACACACACACACACACACACGCGGACACACACCGACAUCAUAACACUACUACUCUUACUGGUUUAGCUGCGGCUGUUGUUUGCUAACAUGCUCGCCUGUAAAGUACUUCUACUAAUAACCUGCUUACAUGCAGUUUCUGUUUAUAACAGUUUAACUAGACAUAUAUAAAGUAAAGAAUGGGAGAUUAAAUUGCUUAAACGCUCUUUCCGUUUACAGAUACGGGUAAAUAUAACCGGAAAGAGAGCCGGUGCUUUGCGCGACCUUUCACCUACUUCUGCCGGCGGGCGCGUGCGGUCAUGCUCUGACGUCAUACGGAGGCAGUUUACAUAACUUUAUUAUGCAGUGCGACUCUGAUGAACCUAAAGUUCACAACAUACAGACAGCUUUACACUGCUACAAGCUACACCGCAGAUCAAGAUGUUCUCUAGUCUGGCUCGCUGUGCCUCCAGUGCGGCUCUGCAUAUGCUAAAAGGAGCCAGUCGUCCCUCCAAGCCAGCAAAAGUGCUUUGUUUUGGGCAUCAGACACUGGCAGCGGUCCCGCUGCCCACUGUUGGAGGGAGCGCAGUGGUUAGACAUGCUCAAGCGCUGGACCACAAGAGGCUGCUACAGGUGGAGUGGGAUGAUGGAAGCUAUAGUUUUUAUCCAUUUACCUGGCUUAGGGAUAACUGCCAGUGCCCUCUGUGCAUGCUGCAGUCAGCACAAGCACGGAGACUGCCUCUCACUGACAUUGAUGUGCACACUGGAAUGGACCAAGUGCAAAUAACUGAGAAUAACAAGGUCUCUAUCACGUGGCCAGAUCAACAUAGCAGUGAGUUUGAGCCUGACUGGUUAAAGAAAAGAUGCUUCUCACCUGAAGCAAGACAAGCACGGCAGAAUGAACUUUUUCUAAAUGAGCGUGAAUUUUGGGACUCUGCUCUGCAGAUCCCCGUGGCAGAUUUUGAGGAGGUUCUACAUGAUGACAAGGCUGCUCUGGCCUGGCUUAUGGCCCUAAGGCGUGUUGGGAUUGUGUACCUGAAGGGGGCGCCAGCAGAGCAGGGUCAGUUGGCUAGACUUGGUCAAAGAAUUGGAUACCUCAGACUCACGUUCUAUGGACACACAUGGCAAGUGCAAGACAAGCCCAUGGCCAACAACGUAGCAUAUACCUCAGGCAAGCUGAGCCUGCACACGGACUAUCCUGCUCUGCACCAUCCUCCUGGGGUACAGUUUCUACACUGUCUGCAGCAGGCCCAGCAGGGUGGGGAGAGUGAGGUGGUGGACGGCUUCCACAUGGCCGAGCUGCUCAGGAGAGAGGACCCCGAGGCAUUUAACACACUCUCAUCCCUCUACAUCGACUACACAGACACCGGCUCUGACUACUGCGACUUCAGCGUGCAGUCCAAGAACCGCAUUAUAGAUGUGGACAAUGAAGGCCGUGUGGUGAGGAUAAACUAUAACAAUGCAACCCGAGAUUCUAUCCUGGAUCUACCUCUCAAUCAGGUGCAGCCGUUCUACUCCUCGCUGAAGAGCUUUGUGGAGCUGAUGAGCCAGCCGGAGAACAUGGUCACCUACAGGAUGGAGCCAGGUGACCUGGUAACCUUUGAUAACUGGCGUCUUCUGCACGGCCGGAAGCACUACUCAUCUGGCGGCAGGACCCUAAGACACCUAGAGGGAGCAUACCUGGACUGGGAUGAAGUCAUGUCCCGUCUGCGCAUCCUCCGUAAAGCCGUCCAUGGGGACAGCUAGGGAUUCCUUUUACUUCAUCUGAAACACAAGUACUGUCAGUAGGAGUCUAAGCUUGAAGCUUGAACUGUUGCACGCUGCUUAGUUAAACAGGAUCUUUUAAGAACAACCCCAGUGUGAGAUUUAGUAAAUACGUUUUUGAGAUCUACAAUUGCUUCAUGAGGGUAAAAAAAAAACAAAAAAACUUUUCUUUGACUCUUUUUCAGCUUAGUCUGAAAGUUUUGUGCACCAGGAUGGUCUUCUGGUAAAAAUGUGCUACUCUAUUGGGCUAUAAAUAGUAAAAGAUUACUCUAACAGUGCAGUGGAUGUGAAGCUAAUCUUCUCACACCUAUGGCAAAAUGAAUUUAAAAGCCUGACUAAGAAACUGAACACCCAUGAAGUCAUUAUGUGGAACCUACCAACACUGUUGCUAAAAUUCUUUAGGGACAUUUUAAUCCUUAGUUCUGAACUCUGUCAAUGAAUUACCAAAUUAGUAUUUAAUAAUACUAGUAGCCUAAUGAUGCUAAACAUUUAUUUUCCCUGUAAAUUUUAAUUUACAUAGUGCUAUACAGCGUUUCUCCACCGAACAGUGCGGCUCACCAUGAUUUGGCAACAGAACUAUCCAUAUCCUGCCCUCGUGAAGGUAGGAGGGGUUCCCUGGUGGCGUCUUAAUAGACAUGAUUAAUAAAAUACUACUCAAAAGAAAUUCAAACUAUUGUCUCUCAGCUGAUGUUAAAAUACACAUGCCGUACCGUAGAGUGAAAGUAAGCACGAGACACAGCACAUUGCUUAAUGGCACUACUCACAGCAAAACAAAAGGGUGGAAAUACUUUAAUAUUUAGUCCAAAGAGGAGCAAACUUUCACUUUUCUUCUCAAACACAGCCAAUUCCUUAAUUUUCAGUGUAAAUGGAGGACAUUAAGUACAAACAACAUUGAAAAACAUUUUCACAACAUGCUGAUUAGGAGGCCAUUUGGGAUUUGGGAACUAAAGAUGUUGGUCUUUACUUGGAUCACAGGAAAGAAAUAUAAGAACAAGCUGAAUAGUGAUGAGAAAACAUUACUGAGGGUAGAUAAAUAAAAGAAAAUGAAACCAUAAAUUGCUGUUUAAACUUUGCUGGCCACUUAAAUCUGCCAGAAAAGAGGACUUUUAUGAAGACUGGUAAACUCUGGAAGACAUUAAGCUAUAGCUUAUUAUUGAAGAUGUUUGUGCCGUUAGAGAGUACAGCAUGGUUCACUUAUAGGUGGAAACAGCCGAGCCGUGCCACGCCACACCGUCCGGUGGAAAAGUAUUAAUACAGCAUGUUGUAAAUAUUCUACUGACAUUAAGUUAUUUAGAAUGAAGUGGAUUUGUUUUCAUAAAUUUUAUUUCAAAAUAUGCACCUGCAAUGCAUAAACAGCCACGUGCUGCUGUUCUGUUUGUAUCUUAUUUAUGUGUAAUGGCAAGCGUGACAACUAUGUGCUUUAGCAGCUCAGAGGAGAUAAUUAGGUCUUCUUAAUUAGGUUAGAAAAACAGCACAAAAUGUUGACACAUCUUCCAUUAAAAGGUAUUUUUUGGUAUAACUACUGUAACUACAGGAAAAUUCAUGGACUUGUUUUUUCUUUGUCAGUGUCAAUGCAUAAUCAUAACUUUUUAUCCUCAGUGUCUUAAGUGUAUGUUUGCAGGAUACAGAAAAAGAUCACUCACUCUGUACCAGAUUUAAAACUUUUCAGGAUGUUAACAGUGCUGGUAAUGUACUUUUAUUGUCUUAAUAAUAAAGCUUCUCAAAAGGA